GCGGAUAAAAAGAAAAAAAAAGAAAUACGCCUUUGCAUCUCCUAAAACGUACCCUGACCCUCACGGCUUCCCUCGUCUUUGCCCUCGCCUCCCUGGUAGCGGCGGCCGCUUGCCCCGCUAUGACCACCGCCGCCCCGCCGCCGCUGCUAAUGGCACACCGCGAAGGUGGAGACGUCCCCAUCUCCCUGUUCCUUGACACCGAUCUUGGCACCCAUCUCGCCCUGCUCGUCGCCCCGGACACCGACAUCCGUGGCCUCAAGUCGCAGGUGGCUGUGGAACACGCUGUCGCCUUCCCCGACCUCGGCCCCGUCACCGUGAAGUCCUUCCAGGUCCGGCGGAAGGGUGUACUGUAUCGCCUCUCUGAUUCAAUGACAGUGAUGAGUGCCUUCACCAAAAUCAAAGGUGGGUGCUUUCUUCAUGUCAAUAUGGCAGAGGCUACAGCAGCCACACACUGCUGCCAAGAUGCGCCAGCAACUGACACUAGAAGAUUGAAUGGUGUUAGUCUUGGAAUUUAUGAAAAGAACCAUGUUCAGGAGCUGCCUGCAGUGGCACCAGAUGUUGCUUGUGAUAUGCUCCCUAGAGGCCUUGAAGGUUGUAAUGAUGAUGCCGUGCUGAAUACUGUUCAAACACAUGAUGUGUUGCCAAAUUGUACCUUGGUGCCAUCCUCAUCACAGCUAAAUACUGAAGUACCGAAGAACAAUGCAGUGGGUCUGGCCAGUUAUACUGAAGCAGGAAUUGCUCAAGUUAUUGACAAAGCAAAGAGUUACAGUGGCCAGAUAAAACAUGCUAAUCAAACUGAAGGUGCUUAUAUUAUUUCCACAUCAAAGGCAUGUGUUGAUAAAUCUUUAAAUGAGAGUAAUAUGUCACAUGCUGUGGAGGAGCUACAUGCAAGUCGAGACCAUGGGGUUGGUGAUGAUGUUUCUGAUAAAAAGCAAGUCAUGGUAGAGGAGCAACUGCUGGAAGAGAUACAAGCAAAGGAUAAUCUUUCACAAGCAAAGGAGCACAAAAAAUGUAGGACUAGUUCUUUUGACACAUCAUGUAUGGAUCUACUGGAAACAGGCACUACUUCUCUUGUGGAAUCUUUAAACACUUCUAAUCAUCAAGAAGUCCAUGACACCUUACAUGAGGAGUCCAUUCAGCUAGAAAAUCCAAGCACUGUUGGAAAGAAGAAGAAAAGGAAAAGGCGUCAAUUGUCCCCUUCAAAAUCUGCUUCUGCUCAAGAGACAACAGAACCGUCAGCUACAGCAGUUGAUUUAUUAAUACCCACAGGUGAAGUUCUGUCUAAUAACAGCCCAGGGAUACAGAUCCAUAAUAUACAUGCAAUGGAUAAUCUUUCACAAGAAAAGGAGCAGAAAAAAUCUAGGACUAGUUCUCCUGACACAUCAAAUAGGCAUUUACUGGAAACAAACCCUACUUCUCUUAGGGAAACUCUAAACACUUCAAAUCAUCAAGGCCAUGACACUUUAGAUGAGGAGUUCAUCCAGCCAGAAAACCCAAGUGCUGCUGGUAAGAAGAAAAAGAAAAGGCGUCAAUUGGUCCCUUCUAAAUAUGCUUCUGCUCAAAUAACGACAGAACCAUCGUCUGGGGCAGCCCCAGCGGAUUUAUCAAAAUCCACAGGUGACAAAGCAUAUAAUGCUGAAUUGACUAGCAAAGGUGAAACUGUAGUUGAAGCAUCUGGUUUGCCUCUUUCAUCAUAUGAACAUAAUGAUGGAAACCAGGGGGGCAAAAGUGUUAAGUUUGUGAGCGAUGAUCAAGCAUCUACUGAUUUAAUCUCUGAACAAGAGAAGUUUGAUCAUGCUCUCAAGGGAUGUAGGGAUCCUUUAAUUGCAGAUGACAUUUAUUCUACAGGUGAAAAUGUAGCUAUUGAAGGAAAGACUACAAAAGGAAGUUGUGCCCCUUUAAAUGGAGGGGACAGGCAUGAAGAAAUAAAACACCUCAAUGAGGGAUGUCAUAAUGCAGGUGUACCUGAAACAAGCAACAUGGAGAAAGAUGGCAAAAGUACAGAUGUCUCUGACAAGAGGCAAACAAGUCAAAAUACCUCGCAAGUGAAGAAGCGCAAGAAAUCAAAGGUUGGUUCUGUUGACAUGCCUUCCGUGGAUGCUUCUGGUGAAAAAGAUCAUCGGUAUAGUGAAAAUGCGACCAAACAAGAUACAGCUUCUACUAAAAGGGAGAUUGUCCACGAACCUUCUAUGCAACAGAUGUCAAACAUUGUGCAUCAGGGGGAUUCAAAUGUAAUAGAAAAUCCAAGUGGUGAUGGAAAGAAAAAGAAAAAAAGAAGACACCAUUCAGAAUCCUUAAAGGGUAUGAAUCCUAGUCAAGAUCUGACCAAAUCUUCUGGAUUUGUAACAAACGAAAGCUCGAUACAAUGCACAGGUGCUGCUCCAAUAAAUGCAAAGCAAACAAACUUAGUCAUUAUAGAAGGAGAAACAGUUACUGGGCACAGGAAGCUUAGUGAAAAUCUAGAUGUAGCGGCAACACAUGUUGUUGAUGAGGUAUUGGCAGAUCUAAGAUCUAAAGACGGCUUAAGUAAGGAUCUGGAUGAAAAUCUAUUACCAGGACAAACUCACCUAGGCAGCAAUCAGAAUGGAAUAGAAGUUCCUGAAUCCAUUGCUGUUAAAGUUGGUAGUACUACUGCAGCAUUACCUCCGAAAUAUCCUGCAACAGUUCACUCUGCUUCUCCUGUUAACUCACCUAGACAAAGGAAGUCUAAGGGGAAAAAAUUGAAAGUGCUAUCCACCAUGGCUGACUCUUCUCAUCAAUCAAGUGGUGUACCCGAAGAAGAUGCUAAUAGAAAAUUAAAAGAGUCUGAUUCUUUGAGGUUUGCUGAUAAAACAAGUGAUCAUGAGGAUAUAGUAACUGCAAAUGUGGUUGCUCAAGCUGAUGAAAAACGCAAAGCCACUAAGCGUCAAAGAAAGAAAGGUUCUGUAAAGCAGGUACUUGAUACAUUGGACUUGAAGGAAGUGAAUGACACAGAAGAAAAUUUGGUUCAGGGAGGUUCUGUAGUUGACACUCCCUUGAGCACUGCUGGGAACGUAGAGCAGAAAGACUGGUCUUCUGAGACUUUGAGUCCUAAAGAACAAGAAACUAAUUGUUCUACUCAUGGGCUGGAUAGUCACACAGCUAAGGACAGCCAGGAUGAGUAUGUAACUGACACCAUUGGGACCCAUGAUAAUGAAAAUGCUGCAGGAACCCCAGCCUUGCAUGUAGUUCAGAAAGAUGCCAUGGCCCUCAAAUCCGCCAGCCCUAAUUCUCAAAAGGAGCAGGAAACAUCUUUGAACUCUGAACUACAAAGUCAGGAUUGUCCUCUGGAACAUGGUUUUAGUGCAGAUUUGGUGAACUCCAGGACUGAAAAGGGAGUCAGGACUACAAGUUCUGCUAGUGCUGUUAAAUCUGAUUACAACACCAUGUUUCAUCCUGCUAAUGGUAGAAUCAAUGUCCUUGAUCAUUUUAGCCGCAGCAAUUUGAAUGAUGGUUCAUCAAUUGUCGCAGAAAGUAAGCAAAACAAUGAAGAUGGAAGUUUAAGGGAAGUGAAGAAUAAAAAGAAGAAACGAAAGCAAGGUACUGGUAGCGUUGAACCAAAUGAUGUUAUAGAAUCUCUUCCCUCAGAGAUAGCUAGCUUAACUGGUCAUUUUGGUACCAGCAAAGCUGUUGUGUCAUCUGUUGCAACAGAAAACAUGAAUGGAGGAAAUGAGAAUGUGAAUAAAGGCAAGGAGAAGAAGAGAAAGGGCAAAUCUAAUAUGGAAGUACCUACUGCUGGAAAGGACCAUCCUAAUUGUGAUACUCAAUUCAUUGAUAUUGGUACCCAAGAAUCACUUAUUUCUAUUGUACAAAAAGAAAGGACAGGUCAAGACAAUGGAAAAGAGAGCAACAGUAAAGCUACUCAGAAUGCCAGUAUAAUGCAACAUGAACCAGAAGAUGCCACUUGGAAUCGUAGCCCUGAGAAGAAUCACCACCAGAGUGUUGAUGAUGAUCAGAACAAGUUGCUCACUGAAAAGGAUCAUGCACAUAUAAAUAAAGAAGUGAGAAAAUUCACUCCUCAAACAAAGGCCCAUGCUAAGAUUAGAAAGCCUGAUGGGUCUACUAUCAAGGAAAAGGUGGCUCCAAAUCCUAAACCUGUAACCAACCUUGUGAAGGAUUUUUCCAUGAGCCCACGAGCAUCAAGUGACAGCACAGAGGGCAUGCCACAAAGUGCUAACCGAUAUAGAGUUGCAGUCCGGAAAGUACCAAGUAAAAGGUAUGAAGAGACCAGUGGAAACUCCAAUAAGGCGAGUAGGAAAGUAGGCUCUGGUGCAAUAUUCAAUGACUCUAUCAGCGAAGGUUCUGGUGAUGAAUUGGACACCAAGACUGUCAUGGAAAGAUCACCUAAUAAGUCAUCUACAUCUGCUGAUUCAGGUAUUUCAUCUGCAGCCUCUGGUGAAAGCGAGGUUCCUGAUGAUGAUGGCACCGUAUCACUAUCUCAGAAGAGUUUCAAAGGUCUGCACAUUAGCUCCAUCCUCCGUGGCUCCCGUAGCUACAAGAAGGCACUAAAGAGGCAAAUGGAGCUGCUAGACGACGACACCAUUGUGCCUGAUAGCCAGCCCGCGGAUGGCCUUUGGGGCUGAACAUGGUUAUCGUCAAGAGAAGCGCCGACCCUGCUUCAUCCUUUUUUGCCAUUGUCCACCUGAUACGCUGGUGGGCUUUAUAAGUUGUCUAAAACACAUGCCCGAAUGCGUGAUGUCGCUGAUGGCAUUGCCAUACGCCACACGCAGUUCCCUUAUUUUGUCGGGCUUAAGCUGUGAUCUGCCUGAGGAUGAAUCGAUGAUGUUCAUGAUACAGCUUACCAGCUAUAUAUAUGUGUUAAUGUAUGUAAGAAUGAUACGCACGCUUAGUCUCUCACCCAUGAGCCAUGGGUCCGUUGAGUCCUGACUGACCAUCGCCAGAAGUUGUGGUUUGUGACAGGAAAUUCCAUCCUUCUGGCUUA